CACAGCCACUAUAAGUUACGCGCCGUUGCACACGGGAAGAGGCAGCCCCUAAGGCUCUUGGUAAUAGUCAGACGUGUCCGCGUUCAACCAUAACUCCGACUUUCAGGACCUGUCGUACUUGUCCAAGUCCUUGUACGCAUAUGUCUCUGCAUGCGAGCUGGUACACCAACUAGGGCAAACAGAGAUAACACCUGGGACUACGCGUCCCCAAAGACGAGCAUAGAUGACGACGGCGGGUACUCACGUACACGAUAUCGUUGCAGAUCAGGAUUAUGGACCACGGCCCGAAUAUCAACGAGUCCAUGCGCGCAUGCGAGUCUGAGUACGGCGACACGUCCCCGUGCAACAUGGCGAACAUGUUCACAAGCUCCAGAGCAGAUUCGCUCAAGCGGUUGGUUGGCUAUGAACCCAAUGAGGUGGUGCUUGGUGUGCCGUUGAGCGCGCUCAAAUCGAGGUCGUUGGUCCCAUACCUGAAGAGGGCGCCUUUGACCGUGUACACGAACCAGGCCGCGCU